AUGGCUGCUCGUGGCAAUGUUCCUGCUCACUUGCAGGCUUCAUUGCCUGCACUUCCUCCUCACUUGCAAUCAGAUACCCAUCUGACGGCCCAUCUGGCAAGCCGGUUCCAUGUCUCUCUCCCGACGGCAAAGCUGUCCUCCCAGGCUUUGAUAUGCCUCAAUACGUACACCUCGUCAACCAGGGGACCGAAUGGUGAAAAGGAGGGAAGUGCCAUGGGCGAGGCCGAGGAUCUGGCCCGGAGAGCAUGGGCAAGAUUGGGAAAUAGAGCAGAAGAUCAGGCUAUUGUCUUCUUUGGAGAGUCCGGCUCAGGCAAAACGACAGUCAGGUCACACCUGCUUUCCUCGUUCCUCUCGUUUUCCUCCACACCAUUGUCAUCCAAAUUGUCCUUGGCUGCCUUCGUUUUUGAUACCUUGACGACGACCAAAACUACCACCACCCAAACGGCAUCGAAAGCCGGAUUAUACUAUGAGCUCCAAUACGAUGCUUCAUCCUCGAUCCCAACCCUCAUUGGAGGCAAAUUGUUGGACCAUCGCCUGGAAAGGAGUCGAAUUUCACAUGUACCCACCGGUGAAAGGAGCUUCCAUGUGCUUUACUAUCUUUUGGCGGGAACCAGCGCGGCGGAAAAGUCUCAUCUCGGCCUCAACGGACACACAAACAUUACCACGCCCGGCACUGGCCUCACGAGGUCUGCCUCCGUAGCACAGAAACGAUGGAGAUACCUCGGUCAUCCGACGCAGAUGAAGGUGGGCAUCAACGAUGCGGAGGGCUUCCAGCAUUUCAAGACGGCUUUGCGGAAGCUUGAAUUCCCCAGAGCCGAAAUCGCCGAGAUAUGUCAAGUUCUUGCUGCUAUUCUGCACAUUGGCCAACUCGAAUUUGGCACCGGCCAGGCCACACUGACUGCGGCUGAAGAGAGUGGCGGAUACUCUCACGAAGGUGGUGAGACAGUCACGGUGGUCAAGAACACCGACACUUUGGCUCUAGUUGCGGCCUUCCUGGGAUUGAGCGUGCAGGAUCUCGAAGAAAGCAUGAGGCACAAGACAAAGACACUCCACCGAGAGCGUGUCACCGUUAUGCUAGAUCCCAAAGGCGCUCGAGAAAACGCCGAUGAACUUGCAACGACACUGUACUCGCUUCUGGUUGCGUACAUCAUUGAAAGCAUCAACCAAAGGAUCUGUGCUGCGGAGGACGCCGUUGCCAACACCGUUUCCAUUGUCGACUUCCCGGGUUUUGCGGAUCAUUCUUCCACCGGAUCCGUUCUGGAUCAAUUGCUGAACAACGUUGCAAAUGAGUCGCUGUACAAUACUUGCCUCCACGGCUUCUUCGAAAAGACAGCCGAGACGCUGGAAAGCGAAGAAGUUAGCGUGCCCGCAACUAGUUACUUCGAUAAUUCAGACGCUGUUCGUGGCCUCCUCAAGCAUGGUAACGGAUUGCUUGCCAUUCUCGAUGAUCAAACGCGUCGUGGUCGUACGGAUACUCAAUUCUUGGAUAGUAUUCGAAAGCGAUUCGAGAACAAGAACAAAGCUAUUACCGUGAGCAGCGCGACUACCACCUUGCCUGGAAGCAAUUUCGCCACGACGAACCUUGCGGCAUCGUUCACCGUCCGUCACUAUGCCGGUGAGGUGGAUUAUCCAGUCAAUCGAUUGGUCGAAGAAAACGGUGAUGUGGUCUCCGGAGACUUGAUGAACAUGGUCAGAGCCACAAAGAGUGACUUCGUGGCUAGCUUGUUCGGCCAGGAGGCCUUGAACACCAUCAGCCAUCCCUCAGAGAAGACAGCUAUUGUUCAGGCUCAGGUCAGCUCGAAACCGUUGCGCAUGCCCAGCCUCUCCCGAAAGAAGCAUGACCAACUGCGUCGGAUGGGGAGUCGAAGAGCAGACCGCUCGCCUGCUGUACAAGAAGAUGUGGAAUCGACAAAUGCCCCAGAGGAAUCCAGAACGAGAAAGACAAAAUCUUCCGCGACAGGGCUGACUCAGGGUGCAGCAGCACAAUUCCUAUCAUCUUUAGACAACAUCACCAAGUCUCUGACCGCGCCGAACGUCAACAAUUACUUCGUCUUCUGCUUGAAGCCAAAUGAUAGACGGAUCGCCAAUCAAUUUGAUAGCAAGUGUGUGCGUCAGCAAGUUCAGAUGUUUGGAAUACCCGAAAUCAGCCAACGACUUCGAACAGCGGAUUUCAGUGUGUUCCUUCCAUUCGGCGAAUUUUUGGGACUGACCGACGCCGAUCCUGGUGUAGUCGGAAGCGAUCGCGAGAAGGCACAGCUUGUUCUGGAUAAUAAACAGUGGCCUGGGAACGAAGCGAGAAUUGGUAACACUGGUAUCUUCCUCAGCGAGCGCUGCUGGGCAAGUAUUGCUCUCACCGGAUCCCAGAGCACUGCCUACUUUGGCGGCGAAGUUCCCGCAAUUUCCAGGCCUGAUACGCCUAGUCUCAAUCCGUUCAAUGAUUCUAAAGCUCGUUUGGUUGCCUCACAUGAGGGAACUCCUGGUUCCUUUUACGGGGACGAAACAAAAGGAGGUGGCUACUUCGGCAGUCGAGACCUUGAUGCCAAAUCUGACGCUGGCGCCUCAGCCUUCAACUCCGGAGAUAUGUUUCGCAAUCUCGAAACCAAAGAAGAACUUGCCGAGAAAGGCAAUAGAAAGAAGAUGGAAGAAGUCGAUGUUGUACCCGUUUCGUCAUCACGGAAGAGGUGGCUGGCAAUUGUGUACUUCCUUACGUGGUAUCUUCCGGAUUUUGCCAUCAAGUGGGGUGGCGGCAUGAAACGGAAGGAUGUGAGAAUCGCCUGGAGGGAGAAGUUCGCCAUCAACAUCCUUAUCUGGGUCAGCUGUCUCUUCGUGGCCUUCUUCAUCGUCAUUUUCCCCGAACUCAUCUGUCCGAAGCAAAACGUGUAUUCUGCGGCAGAACUGUCAUCCCACGACGGCAAGAAUGGGCACAGCGCGUAUACGGCUAUACGAGGCGUGGUGUUCGACCUAGGUGCUUUCGCACCCUCUCACUAUCCGAGUAUCAUCCCACAAACAUCGCUGGAGAAGUACGCUGGUCUCGACGCAACUGGACUGUUCCCUGUCCAGGUCUCGGCCCUUUGUCAGGGGAAAGACGGCCGAGUGGAUCCGACAGUGCAGUUGGAUUAUACAACAACAAACAUUUCGGGUUCUGCCUCGGUCAUCAGCAGCACUGACCCCAAUCGUCGGUACCAUGACUUCCGGUAUUUCACCAACGACUCCCGCCCAGACUGGUUCUUUGAACAGAUGAUCAUGUUGAAAUCAAACUACAAGAAAGGGAGCAUCGGAUAUACUCCCCAAUAUGUGCACACCCUCGCCGAAAAGUCACAUUCGAUCGCGAUACUGAAUAACAGAGUGUACGACUUCACCACCUACAACCAGGGCGGGCGCAGCACCAGGGCUCCUCCGGGUCAAUCAGUGCCAGCGGGAGUUGACACGAACUUUAUGGAUGACCUCGUGGUCGAACUAUUCACACAACGGGCCGGGCAAGACGUCACCAAGUACUGGAAUGCGCUUUCUCUGGAUUCUGCUUCGAGAAGUCGAAUGCAGCUCUGCCUUGACAAUUUGUUCUUCGUUGGGGUCACAGAUACCAGAAACUCGGCACAGUGUCUCUUCGCUCGGUAUAUCCUGCUGGCUAUCUCCAUUUUGCUUUGUACCGUGAUUGGCUUCAAAUUUUUGGCUGCGCUCCAGUUCGGAGGCAAGAACAUACCGGAAAAUCUAGACAAGUUCGUCAUCUGCCAGGUUCCUGCCUAUACGGAAGACGAAGAAUCUCUUCGUCGAGCCAUCGACUCAGCAGCGCGGAUGCGAUAUGACGACAAACGCAAAUUGCUCAUCGUGGUGUGCGACGGUAUGAUUAUCGGUCAAGGAAAUGAUCGACCAACACCUCGCAUUGUACUCGAUAUCUUGGGAGUUUCGGAAACAGUCGACCCAGAGCCUUUGAGCUUCGAAUCUCUGGGCGAAGGUAUGAAGCAACACAACAUGGGAAAGGUAUACUCUGGUCUGUACGAAGUGCAAGGGCAUAUCGUUCCCUUCCUAGUGGUCGUCAAGGUUGGAAAACCCUCCGAAGUCUCCAAACCUGGAAACAGAGGGAAACGUGACUCCCAAAUGGUCAUCAUGCGCUUCCUCAACCGGGUUCAUUACAACAUGCCCAUGAGCCCGCUAGAACUGGAGAUGCAUCACCAAAUCAGAAACAUCAUCGGGGUCAAUCCAACGUUCUACGAAUUCAUGCUCCAGAUCGAUGCUGAUACAGUCGUAGCUCCCGACUCGGCUACUCGCAUGGUUUCGACGUUCCUGCGCGACACGAGACUAAUCGCUGUUUGCGGAGAAACGUCCUUGUCUAAUGCCAAAGCAUCGUUCAUCACGAUGAUGCAGGUUUACGAGUACUACAUCUCGCACAAUCUCACCAAAGCCUUCGAGUCUCUGUUCGGUUCCGUUACCUGUCUCCCGGGAUGUUUCACCAUGUAUCGAAUCCGAGCCGCUGAAACGGGGAAGCCGCUUUUUGUGAGUAAAGAAAUCAUUCAGGAUUACUCUGAAAUCCGAGUCGACACAUUACACAUGAAGAAUCUGUUGCAUCUCGGCGAAGACCGAUACCUGACCACACUGCUCCUGAAACAUCACUCCAAGUACAAGACGAAAUACAUCUUCCACGCCCACGCCUGGACCAUUGCACCCGACAGUUGGACAGUUUUCAUGUCGCAGCGCCGCCGAUGGAUCAACAGUACGGUUCACAAUCUAGUUGAACUGCUGCCGUUACAGCAAUUGUGCGGUUUCUGCUGUUUCAGCAUGCGAUUUGUCGUCUUCCUGGAUCUGUUAUCGACUGUGAUUGCGCCGGUCACCGUGGCUUAUAUCGCCUACCUGAUCGUUCUCCUCGCCACCUCGUCUGACGUUAUACCGUUGACUGCAUUCAUCCUACUGGGAGCGAUCUAUGGUUUGCAAGCCAUCAUCUUCAUCCUUCGCCGUAAAUGGGAAAUGAUCGGAUGGAUGAUUGUGUACAUUCUGGCCAUGCCUAUCUUUUCUUUGGGCCUGCCACUGUACUCCUUUUGGCACAUGGACGACUUCAGUUGGGGUAACACGCGUCUGGUGACUGGUGAAAAGGGUAAACAGAUUUUGAUCUCUGACGAGGGCAAAUUCGAUCCCGACUCGAUCCCGAAGAAGAAAUGGGAAGAGUAUCAAGCAGAACUCUGGGAUGCUCAAACCCAACGCGACGAUGAAAGAUCUGAGGUCUCUGGCUACAGCUACGCAACCAAGUCGUAUCAUCCUGCCGGGUCCGUCUAUGGUGGCCCUGGAGUCUAUGAAAGCACAGCGCAUCUCAUGGCUCCUUCCAGAUCUGCAUCACAGCUAGACAUGAACCCGCCGGCGUAUGGUUAUAACCAUUCCAGGAUGUCCCUCGCGCCGUCGGACAUGAUGGGCGGCGGCAUGAUGGGGGGAGGUCAAUCAAUUGCCGCUAUGGACAUGGCAGAUUUGACUGGACUGCCUACUGACGAUAUGAUCCUGAACGAAAUCCGGGAUAUACUCAAGUCGGCGGACCUCAUGACCGUGACGAAGAAGGGCAUCAAGCAAGAGUUGGAGCGAAGAUUCAACGUCAACCUGGACAUUAAGCGAGCUUACAUUGGAAGUGGUAAGUUGAGCCCGUCACUCGAGCCAUGA